UUCACCUCCCACCGGAGCUCCGCUACUCCGUCCCGGGUUUUACAGCUCACUGUCCACCUCACAGGAAGCUGGGUUGAUAAAUCGACCCGCAGACUGAAUUUAUCUGCUAAAAGAUGGAUUAAUUUUGUUUUCCAGCGGCCCGUCGGAGUCAGCAGCCGGCCAGAGGAUGUCGAGCCCGGCGAGAAGCGGAGAGAUCAUCCACCUGAACGUCGGAGGGAAGCGGUUCAGCACCUCCAGACAGACGCUCACCUGGGUUCCUGACUCCUUUUUCUCCAGCCUCCUUAGCGGCAGAAUCUCCACUCUGAAGGAUGAAACUGGAGCCAUCUUCAUCGACAGAGAUCCAUCUCUGUUCGCCACCAUCCUCAACUUCCUGAGAACCAAAGAGCUGCAUCCUCGCUCCAUCAACGUGCACAUGCUCAUGCACGAGGCUGAGUUCUACGGCAUCACACCGCUGGUGCGGAAGCUGCAGCUGUGUGACGAACUCGACAGAUCCUCCUGUGGAAACGUUCUGUUCAACGGAUACCUGCCUCCACCUGUUUAUCCGGCAAAGCGUCGAAACCGCCACAGCGUCGCCGGCUCUCAGUUCAUGGCGGGUCGAGUGGUUCCGGUGGAACGAGCUCCGGUGAGACGCAGCAACACGAUGCCGCCCAACCUGGGGAAUUCUGGGAUGCUGGGGAGGACGAGCGGCGAGGAGAGGACGUCUGCAGGUCCGUCCUCUGAUCCUGGAAUGGUUCGGAUCAUCUGCGGUCACCACAACUGGAUCGCCGUCGCCUACGCUCAGUUCGUCGUCUGCUACAGGGUGAAGGAGUCGACCGGCUGGCAGCAGGUUUUUACGUCUCCUCGUCUCGACUGGAUGAUCGACAGAGUCGCCCUCAACGCCAAGGUGAUGGGCGGCUCACUGGGAGACAACGACAAGAUGGUGGCCGUCGCCUCGGUGACGGAGAUCAUCCUCUGGUCCAUCUGCCCCGACGGAAACGGCAACGAAAUCGGCGUCUUCAGUCUGAAUGUCCCUGCUGAGGCUCUCUUCUUCGUUGGUAACCAGCUGAUCGCCACCAGUCACACCGGGAAGGUCGGAGUCUGGAACGCCGUCACCAAACACUGGCAGAACCAGGAUGUGGUUCCUAUCAGCAGCUAUGACACUGCUGGUUCCUUCCUGAUCCUCGGCUGCAACAACGGAUCCAUUUACUACAUCGAUGUUCAGAAGUUUCCUCUGAGAAUGAAGGACAACGACCUUCUGGUGACGGAGCUCUACAGAGACCCGACUGAAGACGCCAUCACUGCUCUGAGUGUCUACCUCACUCCUAAAACCAGUGACAGUGGAAACUGGAUCGAGAUCGCCUACGGGACCAGUUCAGGGACGGUCCGAGUCAUCGUCCAGCAUCCAGAGACGGUCGGUUCUGGACCUCAACUGUUCCAGACCUUCUCCGUCCACCGCAGCCCCGUCACCAAGAUCAUGCUGUCUGAAAAACACCUCAUCUCAGUCUGUGCAGACAACAACCACGUCCGGACCUGGACGGUGACUCGGUUCAGAGGGAUGAUCUCCACUCAGCCCGGAUCGACUCCUCUCACCUCCUUUAAGAUCCUCAGUCUGGACGACGUGGACGGACACGGAGGCUGCAGCGCCGGGACCGAGAUCGGUCCAUACGGAGAAAGAGACGACCAGCAGGUGUUCAUCCAGAGAGUCGUUCCAGACACCGAUAAACUCUACGUCAGACUGUCAUCCAAUGGAAAGAGGGUGUGCGAGGUGCGCUCGGUGGACGGGACCUCCAUCACGGCCUUCAUGGUCCACGAGUGUGAAGGUUCUAGUCGGAUCGGUUCUCGUCCUCGCCGCUAUCUGUUCAGCGGACACGGGAACGGCAGCAUCCAGAUGUGGGACCUGACCACCGCCAUGGAGAUCGCCGGGAAGGUCGACAUCAGAGCGCUGGGCGGGCCGACGGAGGAGGAGCUUCUGGAGCUGCUGGACCAAUGUGACCUGGCUCUGACCAGAACACCUGACAGCACGCCGAGAGCCUCCACCUGCAGUCUCCACUCUCAGCUCAGUGAUGUUUUCCGGUCGGAGCGUCUCCAUUCGGCUGCCGGUCGAUCAGCCGGAGCUUCGGGUUCGUCGGCGUCUCUGUGCGGUACCCUCCCCCGCCAGGCUCCGCCCCCCGUCCCCCUCGCCAAACCCGCCAGAGACUCCGCCCUCUCGGCCGGGCCGCCGACCCUCUCCGCCUCCAGCCCCCGCCCCCCCAGGCAGCCGGACUGGGGUUCUGUGCGGAGGGGCAGCUUCGUGGAGCGCUGCCAGGAGCUCGCCAAGGGUUCGGAGGCGGCGGCGAGUUCUGGGUUCUGCGUGCCGCCGGGGCCGGACGGCGUGAGGCGGAGCUUAGCGGUCUGCAGCGAGCUGGAGGCACGGUUCGGGCUGCGGACGCCGACCACCUUUUCCGUGUCUCCUGGAGCUCGCCACUCGCCCGGAACGCCAUCGUCGUCGCCGCUGUCCAACCCAUCACAGCGUAGGACCACGCCCACCUCCCCGACGAGCCCCGCCCCUACCGCCGUGAGUCCGACCCGCUCUCAGACGCCCGCCUCCCCUCGCCACGGAGCCGCAGCGUCACCUGGUGAUGUCACGUCACCUGAGAGUCCGACUAGUCCAGACGGCAGCAGCGCCGCCACGGGACCGCCCACCAGCCCCAAACCUCACAUGAACGAAACCAGCUUCUGAGGAAACUGUUGCCAUGGUUACCACGAACUGUUGGUUGUUUCCAGGCAACAAGAUGACGAAAAACAAACUGAUGUCAGGAACCAAAAUAACACAACAGAAGAAGAAGAGAACUGAAGUAAACCUGCUGUGAUCAGAUUUAUUGAUUAUCAGCAGGUCUAUUGAUGAUCAGCAAAUCUAUUGAUAACCAGUUUGUGGAUCCAGAAAUAAAUCAGCUGCUGUUUGUUUGUUUUGCUCCUCUGCUGAAAACAAGACGUCUGUUUUUUUUCUUUUAUUGAACUAAAAGUUUGUACAGAAACUUUAUUUUUCUAAUUUGUACGUUUUUGGUUAAAAGCACCUGAACGUGUCACCGUCUCAGCCAAUCAGGUUUCUGCUCUUUACCCUUCCAUCUGACUCAGUUUAAACAAAAACAACAUCAAACAGGUCAAUAAUCUCCAAGAACUUUCCUGGAAUAAUCUCUUUAAACCUCAGAAACAUCUAGAGAAAUAAAUUCACUAGUUAUUAUUUUAUUUAUGUGACUUUUUUCUGAACAAAACUCCAAAAAGAAUCAGAAAACGUGAAUUAAAAACAACGUUAGACAAAGAAAACUAACCGAUAAUCUUUUAUUUUCUAAACUAACUGUUUCGUUGUUUCGACUCCAAAGUUUCUAAAAAAUAGAAAAAGGACAAGAACACGACUUGUUUUGUUUUAAUUUCUCAGAUUUGAUGCCUGAAGCUUGAAAAGAUUCAAAUCUUAAACAUGUAAAACUAAUAAAAGAAGCAAUUUUUGAGCAACUUAACUGGAUUUUUUUCUGUCUUCUGCUUUGGGAAUCUUCUUUUCAGCUGCAUUUGUUUGAUAAGUUCACUUAUUUUACAGAUUCAGAGAAAAAUACUCCGUAAAAAUUGGGUAUCGUUACUUAUUUAGCACAUUUAAAACAACUGUUGUGGCGCUAAAGAUCAGAUUAACUUACCUGUGGAGCUUAAAUAUUAAGGUUAAGACUCCAUAUUAGUGUUUAUUCGGCUGUGUUCUGUCAAUAUUUACUCAAAUAAUUUAGAAAUUAGCGUUAAUAUUCUACAGAAUUGUGUAGAAUCUCAAAGGUUCCUUUUAAACAGACAUGCAGUGGUGUGUCCGUAUGGAUUGAAUAAAACUUUAUUGGUCUUUGGGGGGAAAUUCAGCAGCUUCUGGAGACAUUUUAAAUAAUUAUUCUCCAUCUAAACAUCCAGUCCACAUUUCAUUCAGUCUUUAAAACUCUCGCAUUUACAUGAAACCUGUUAAAAAACAGUUAAUUUCACAGAUUUUUACUGAAUCUACGCGAUCUUAAACGAGUUUUCUGGUUAUUCCUGACAGCAGCAGUAGUUGUUCCACUAAAACGCGGCUUAAAUCCAUAAAUGAACAGAACUAAUCAUUAAUGUUCUCCACUUUAGAUGCCGACGUUUGUGUUUUUGUGACAUUAAAGGAAGAUUUCACAGGUUAAAAAGAAAAACCAGAGGCAUUUUUCCAGAAACCUCAGAGCCCAGUUUCUAUAUUCAAGUAAUAUAAUUAAUUAUUUGUCAUUUUUUAAUCAGAAUUUGAUGCUCUAACUUUUGUAUUUUUCAUUAAAGAAGUUGUUUCCAGGAAGCUUCAGAGGAGAUUAUUGAGAAAAGCAGCGUCUUCAACUGUAAGUCGGCUUUUCUAACUGGACGCUUUGGUUUUUCUCUGCUGGUGUUUUAUUCAUAUUUAGACGCACCUUUUCUUUAAACCUGUUUGUUUCUUUGUUCUAAAUAUUUGUGUUGUAAAUGUGCACAUCUACUUAUUUUAUUCAGGUUUAAAAACCUUCAUUGUUCAUUAAGAAGAAGCAAAUUCAGACACAUUGAUGGUUUAUGUGAUUUUAGGGCUGCGACUAACGAUUAUUUUCAUCAUCUGGGAAUUAUUUGCUCCAUAAAAUCAUCAAAAAUGCUAAAAUGUUCUGAUUUAAAAUGUCCUAAAAUAAAAAUGUGAACCUUGAAAUGUCUGAAACCCAAAAAUCUUCAGUUUACGAAACUAAAAACUGAGAAAAUUAUAAAAUAUUUGUGUUUGUGAGGCUGAAAAAUGUAAUUUUUGUCCUUUAAUCGAUCGAACGCUGCAGCUCAACUUUACUUUGACAUAAAACAGAGAAACUGAAGAUUAUUUUCAUAUUUCUGCACAAAUAAAUUUUUUUUAUAUGGAAGUCUGAAAUGUUAAAUAAUCGAUUGUGAAUUAAUUGAAUAAAAAAAAUGUUAAAUUUAA